AUGACAUUACUGCCUGGGAGUGUGGCUCUAAAGGCCAUGAGCACCACUAUAGUCUUCCCCAGAACACAGGAGAUACAGAGGACAAAGGUGAUGCCGAACGCAGUGUGGCGCAGCAUGCAGGACCACUCAGAGGGACGUCCCAUGAAGGUGAGAGAGCACAGGAAGCACAGGCUCAGCGAGAACAGCAGCAGGAAGCUCAGCUCAGAGUUGUUAGCUCUGACCAGAGGAGUUUUUCUGUAUCUGAAGAAAAUCCAGGCCACGAUGCAAGUCAUGAAUGUCCCAAAUAAGGAGGCAGCUGUGAGCAGAGCUCCCAUGAUCUCUUGA